AUGGUGACCAGUCAACGUAUUCGAUCGCUAAACCAUUUAACACUUAGUAUUCCAAUUGAAGAGGAGAAUAAUGCUGAACAAUUAUUGGUAACUGCUAAAGUCAACAAUGAACAAAGGCGAGUCACUGAUGAUCAAACAUUAAUGAUUGUGAAACGUCGAAUCAAAAUAGCCAAAUUCCUACAGAAUCAACUAGCUCUUCUCUCCGACAUAACAUGUUUUCUCGGUAUAUUAGGUGUUAUACUUAUGAUUUAUGCCAAUGAAUUAACAUUUACUCGUGUUAAUCAUAAUGAUACACAAAUCAGUUGGUCAAUUAAAAUUAUCAUUACGAUUACAACAAUCUUUCUUAUUCUUCUUCUUGUUUACUAUCAUUAUUUAGAUCUCAAACUUUAUUCAGUUCAAAAUUCAUUUCCUACUUUAUGUAUUGCAUUGACAAAAACUAAAUUCGGUUGGAUUAUUUUUGAAAUAUUGAUUUGUGCCAUUCAUCCUAUACCUCGAUCAUAUCCUUUAAACGAUCCUGAGGAGUUUCGCACAGAUGCCACAUAUUCUCAUUCUCUGUCUCAAAUAUCUAUCGAUGUUCUACUCGGUUUACCAAUGUUUUCUCGUCUCUAUCUACUCGGCCGUUCAAUAAUGUUCUAUUCGCAUUUGUAUCAUGACGGAACAUUACGAUCAAUAAGUUGUCUUAACAAAGUUUCAGUUAAUUUCUGUUUUCUAAUUAAAACAUAUCUUCAACAAUGGCCGACACGAUGCCUAGCAAUAUUUUGUACGACAUAUUGUUUUAUUGGAAGUUGGUGUUUACGGGCAUGUAACUAUCAGUCAAACGGAGAACAUCUGCCGUUUCUUGAUGCUGUGUGGUUAUUUAUAGUAACGUUCACAACUGUUGGCUAUGGAGAUCUUUAUCCCACGACAUAUUGCGGACGAAGUAUCGGGGCUGCUAUUGGCUUAACCGGACUGAUAUUAUCCGCUCUUCUGAUUACCGUCCUUGCACAAAAGCUUGUGUUAACCCGUGAAGAAAAGUAUAUGCACACAUAUGUAUUGAAUACAAAGUUAGCGCGAGAUCGCUACCAAUCUGCAGCGAAUGUUGUUAAAUAUUCGGUCAAAGUUUGGUAUUUGAAACGAAAACAUAAUUCCAAUUCUAUACUACGUCUAAGCGCACGACAACGUUUAUUUAAAUUUAUAUACAGCUUGAAAGAAAUUAAGAAGAAACAGGGUGGUUUAGUUGAUAACUGUAUGGGUUUCAACGAAGUUGUAAAUAUGGAACGUAAAACAAAUAUUGAACAGGAGAAAUCACGACGACAAAUAGGUGAAAUGAAGAAUGAAAUGAAAAACUUUGAAGUACAUUUGAACAAAAUCUCACAACAAAUGGAUGAACUUCAAACAACAUUGAAACUAUUCGUUAAUAAAUAG